AUGUUCGUCUGUUACUACAAGAUUUGGCGCGAGGUUAGGUGUCAACAGGCCAUCGUUCGGAAUCUGCAGCCCGCACCGCUGGCCGAGAGGACUCUGGGAACGUCAACAUCAAGAGUGGAGACUCAACUCACUACUGCCGAAAAACCUGGGGACGAGAGUGGCCCGACAGACCUUGGGAACAAGUGGGCGUACCCUCGCCACGCUCACGUCAACCUCGGCUUGCAGAUGGACGAUGAGACCGGAGCUGAAGAAGAACCACCUGUCCAAGAUGACCCUCGGCGUAACGUUGUUGUCCAGCUGCCGGCUAAACCUGCACCUGAACCGGCCCGUCCGCUCCUCUCUCCGGAGUUCCAACAGCGCUUGAGAACGGUCGGUACGGUCAUGAUGGUUGUGGUGGUGUUCUGGGCAACCUGGAUUCCUUACAGCGUCACAAUGCUCCGUAUGGGUACCGUGGGGGUGGAGGAAGGCGCACCAACUGACGCGGUGUGGCAGAGACUGUCAGUGCUCCUCUCCCUGGUCGCCACCUUCUCCAAUCCCAUCAUCUAUGCCUACCGGAACAGGGAGAUGCGCCAGGCGUUCCUCCGGCUCUGGCGCCACCGUUGACUGUUAAACAUGAAAUCUGUGCUUCUGUCCUUACAACAGACAAAAUCACAUACAAACGUCUAUGAAACAACCCCCCAGGGAAAACUCAGAUGAUACAACAUGUAUUACGCAUGCAGGGAAAAAUUCCUGACAUGCCUAC